AUGCGGCCCAAAAAAAACAAAAAGCGAGGUAGCAUUGGUGGUGGCCUCGCAAAAUCACCUUCAUCGACACCAAUUAAAUGUGUUGGUCGUCGUGGUAGACCUCCUUCAAAAUCACCUGCGUCUGCGUCCCUUCCUCCUCCUUCUCUUCCUUCACAGGAAAAUCACAACCACUCCCUAUCUCCGGAUCAUUCUCGAACCUCGAGCAGCGAUCAGGAUAUGUACCAGGGUCAUACUGCUCCUGUUUUUAAUUCCAAACCUGUUCAGCCCCUUGAUUCUGUUGGUGCACCUGCAAACGCAACAACCCACCCUGCCUAUAUUUCCCCAAACGAUAACAUUGAUCGACCAAGGAAGUUAGCCAAACGUGAACGCAAGGCAUUGAUCAAAUCGAGCCGCAGAACCCGCGCUGUUAUUGACGAGUCCUUCGUCGCCAACAUGAACGAACUUUCGGACAUUUUUCGAUCCAAUUGUGGCGUCGGUCCUUGUGAACUCCAUCCUGUUCCCGUGGCAGCUGAUCCAUCAAAACCCCCACCACCACCACCACCACCACCACUGCCGUCUAUGUCAUCUCCUCGCGGUGGUAAGGGUCGUGGCGGCAGUCGCCGUGGCAAAAUUCCUUCACUUGGUCCGGCCCCGAAGCCUACUGUCGCAUCAUUAACGCCGCUCUGUCUCCCUUUUGGUGGCCUUCCCAACCGACUAAAAUCCCCCACCACUCAACUGAAACAGCUGACUCCACGCUGUGUUCGACGUUUUCUUAAAGCUGUAAAUGGCAUCUUGGAGCCAUCAACCACCGUGUCAAGGCUGUUUCAACCACUUGAUGUUCCGUCUUCUAUCAUUUUUUCGCCUCUUCCCGCCUGCGCCCCUCCUACCAUUGCUGCUGCUCCCAAUGAGGCGAACGGCUUUUGUGGUAAUAGUGAGAGUAUCAACAAUCACGUUGUCCUCUCAUCACCGUGCAAACGCGGCCGAGGAAGACCACCGAAAUCAUCAGCUCCUGUGGCAGUUCCAGCAAUGUCAAAGUCUCCUAUCUUGUUGGACCUAACUACCAACACAACAGAUGUUUUAACUGCGCAGCCCGUGAUGCCGGUGAAGACGCCAGUGAAGCCGCGACGGAAUUCGGCUGGAACACCGAGAGAGCUAAGAGCUCUUCUCACUUGGGACACCAUGAUGAAAGCUAGUCAAGAAUCUGGAGGUCCUUCAGGUUCAGGUGGGGAUUUCGCAUCAAUGGCUGCAUCAGCUGGAGAUCCGACUUCGCCACUCUCGUUGCAAAUUGUCUCUAGUGGGACGGGUGACGAGGCCUCCGAUCAACGAACAACGCGCGGGCGAAGUCGACGCUUCUCCACAGGACCGGCUAGCUCUGGGUCCUUCACUGAAACGGAGUCAGUUCACCAUCACCUCCCUCAACCGAAUUCUGUAGCGAUGGGUUUUGAGGCCUCUGGUGUUGCAUCUUCAACUACAGGAUCGGAGAUAACCGGAUCCAUUUUUACUGAAGGAGCAGUAGCUGAGAAGGGCGAACCUCAUCACACGUUCAGUCUCUCUCCCAAUCGAGGUGUUGGAAGCAAGAAUCGAGCCUUUGGGAAUCGGAAACGUAGAGCAGCCUCUCCUUCGCUCCAUCCACCCUCAUCUUCGUCACCACCUUCAGCCCUUGACACUGCUGCCACGCUUGAACAGGAGGCUUCUCAGGCCUCUCCCACCCUGGCAUCGCCGCUUUUGCCCCCUCGUAAGCGCUACAAGGUCGUAGGCAGUGGUGGAGAAAGUGGGGAAGUGACAUCUGCUGCCACUGCCUCUACUUCAAUCAGUCACCACCUUCACAAUGACAACACGGAAGGUGGGAAUAAGGCUCUGCAAUUUGGUGUCCAGGACAUGGACGAUGGUAAUGCCUUGGAGUCGAUUUCCCCUCACGGUGACCAACAUCAUCAGAGUAAUGCGUUGGCUUCAACUGUUGGUGUAACAGCGGUCUCAACAGCGGCUGCUCCUAUCCCAACUGCAAAACGAAGACCUAGAGGUGAGGGUUGGGCUUUCAUUGGCGCAGGAUUUCUUUUCAUUUACAAAAAGGAUAAUGGACGAACCCUUUUCCUCGUUUUAGGACGACCGAGUAAAAGGACGUGCUCCCCCAGUGGGCGACCAAAACGAGAGGCCGCGGCCAUGGGUUUCGCUAGCAUGGUUGCAUCCUCAAUCAACUCCACAUCAAUGCUUUCGAUUGUUGAGGAGGCGGAAAUCACUUCUAAUCUAACCACGGUCGAUGCGAUGGAUGUGAAGAAAGAAGAGAUUGCCCUUCCCUCUAAACGCGGACGAAAACCGAAGAAGGCAGUUGCAUUACCCUUAACUGGGGCAGCUCCCAAACCCCGUGGGCGUCCACCGAAACAUCCACGUCCUUCUGUCGAAGAACCCAUUAUUGUGGAUCUGGAGGACAAGAAACCAGCGGCUGUAGCUCCAGAUAUAUUUAUCGAACUCAAACCUCCAUGCAUGACUAGUCUAGAAGCGCGGGAGGAAGGCGAGGGUGUAAAGCCUAUAGACCACUUGGAGGGAUCUAAGCAACGAGAAAUGAAGAAGGCAAAGCGUGGCAGACGUCCAACUUCAUUGGCUUCGCCUCCUCCUGUCAAACGCAGAGAGAUGGAAGAAGAUAUGGAGAAUCGCCUGAUAUAUGGCAGUCACCAACUUCGACUAUUUCUUCUCCGAAACUACUAUUCUCGUCGGAAAGGGAAGGCCCAUUCUCUGGAAACCGUUCAUUUGGGCUUGACAAAAACUCAACAGUUCUUAGCUGCCGGGCGGAUUGCAGAACUCCCAACUAGAACAGGUUUCUUCCCAUUUGCAUUGCUGGCCGACCAAAUCGUUGAAGAUGCAGGGGCUAGGGAAGGUGAAGAACAGGAUGAAAGAAUGUGGGUUCAUCAGCUAUACUCACGUCUUCUGAACACUUCGGAUCUUUGCGAUCCUUCGACACGAUUGACAGCUCCUCUACUCUCUCUUCCCUGUCCUCUGCGCUGCCCCGAAUUUUAUCGAUUCAUUUGUGGUUCGGGGCUAUUGAGCAACUUUGAAAGCGCCUUAGAGUGUGAGAACUCAAUCCAACCACGGAUUCUUGGAACUGUUUCUCCCGACAUUGUUCCCCAAUCUGCGAUCAAGACGGCUCCGUUCUACCCCAGCGGGUCGGAGUGGCCGCCUUUGUGCCUGCGAGACAUUAUCCCACGCUUAGGGACCGUAACGGAGGGAUUUCAACAACUGGAUCUACUCCUUGAAUUUCUCUUUCGAACAUGGGAAGCCUAUGCUGGGAGACGCAGUUGGGUGGGAAAACAAUUGCAGCAGAUUCGAUCGCUCUACAACCAACUUCGGACAGAGCACGUAGCUAAUCACCCGGAAAAAGAACUUCCUCUCCCCUCCGCUGGUCUAGCUUCUGGUUCGGCAAAGGGCUCAGGUCCGAUCAUCGCUGGCAGUGGAGUCGCCCGCAAGAAGGUCGACCGACAAACUCUCGAACGAGGUGCUGAGGUGAUUCGCUGUCUCUGCGGUUUCCGUGUGGAAGGAGGGCAUGUGAUGGUUCAGUGCAAUGCUUGUGUCACUCGUCAACACCUGCCGUGUGUGUGGUGGGCUCUUUGUCUAGACAUGAAUCCACGCCUGGCUGCUCCAGCCACGCCUCUGGGUGCUACUUGGCCGUCCAUUACAAAGCCUGCCGCCUCUCCCCUCCGGUUAGCCCGUUGUCGAGCUGCUCUGGCUGGAGCCCUGGCCGCUGGAGGUCACAACAUUUCUUGGCUUCUCUCCCUUACUAAAAUGCCUGAGUCCUGCCUCGUCUACUACUGUCCAAACUGUCUUGAGCUAGAUGGCCUGACAAAGGACUAUCCGCGAACCUUGGCAGCCUCACUAGAAGUACAUAACGUUGCGGCGGUGUUUUCGAAAACCGCAGAACGACACGAGUACUGGAGUUUAGGUACGAAUGAGGAACAAUUUCUCACAGAUGAAUUUGCAAUAAUUCAUCGAAGGGAUUAUGAAGUUGCGACGUCUAUGACGAAUUCGUUUGAGGAGUUUUCAUCCAGACCGUCAUUGACCGUGGCUUCGGAAGCGGUGGUUGUGAGGAUCUACCAGCUAUGGAAGGAUGCUAAAGGACGAAGUUGGAUGGAAGGCGGAGCCUUUCUUCGACCCUACGAUCUUCCCCCCAGCCUUUCUCACUCACCAGACACCUGGCAUCCAAGGGAGUUGAUCUAUGAUGAGACAAGUCGCCUUGUCCUUCCCCUCGCCACCCUUAGAGGACGUUGUUGUGUUCUCUCUCCCACCACCUAUCGACUUGGCCGACCGGCUGACCUUCCGGCUGUCGUGCUUCCACCAGAGGAGAUGACAAUCCCACCCACCGAUCACCAUCCACUCGUCUUCCUCUGUGAGCGUCUUAUCACAAAAAACGAGGAAGGAGAGCUACUUGUCAAAGAUAUUGCUCCGGCAUAUCUUAAGGUCAUUACCAAGCCUUACUACUUCUUACGGCACUCCGAAACCUCUCCGCUACGAGCCACAAUCACGAGGACUUGUACAACUCAACAUCUUCGCGAUCUUGACGCUGCAACUCGUCUUGGGGAUAUUAUUUCUCCUGGUGUCGAAUGUGGACGCCUCUUUGCCCACUCGGUCCAACGUCGGUGGAUGGAUGAGGCGCUUUCCGAUCCCGUUAAACAAGAUGUUUCAAACACCACCUCUCCUCUUCCUCAUCAGUCACCUAAGCGUCCUCGUGAAAGGAGUUUAAAUGCAAUCCUUCCCUUGUUAAAAUCGCAUUCACCGAUUGGGGUUACUGCCAUGUCAAAAACAACCGUCUUUCACCACGGCUCAAGGAAGCCCUCGCUUGUGAAGCCGCUCCUUUUGAGACCAUCUCCUCCAGGCUUACCAUCGCCAAAAAAACGUGUGCGUCCAGCAGGAGCGACAAGCUCGGCGCCAGCAGUCAAGCAACUGAGUUUCACGGAACUCCGACAGCAAAUUGCUCUUGGUGAUGAUUCUUUGACGAAGGAGCCUGUUUCUGUGACCCCUAAGCGACGUGGAAGGAAACCCAAGGCCUUGACAUCGUCACUACCUAAUCCGCUUGUCCCAAUUGAACCCCUGAGGGUGGAUGUGGAUGUGGGGGUUAAGGAAGAGGAGGAGGAGCAAGAGGCGGAAGAGGAAGGUGCGAAAGAGGGCUAUUUGGAACCCUCUAUAUCACCAAAACUCGCUGAGGUAACUUCAGUCAUGGACUCCUCUUUCUCGUGCGAGUCUAUUACCGUGACAGGAAUGUUGCAACAGGUUGCUCCUAUGGCCUCUAACGAAGUGAUGCCGACAGUGGAGGAAGUGGAGGUUGAGCAGCUGCACGAGUCGGUUUCACUUUUCCCUCCUGAUGAGGCACUACUACAAGGAGGAACUGAUGGUCUGCUUCGAAACUGUUGUCUCCAGCAGGAUUCAAUAGAAGAGACUGUAGUAGAUGUAAUCACUCCUUGCAGCGUUUGGAAGUCGGAGGCGGAGGUGAAGGUGGGGUGGGGACCAUGGGCCCCGACAGCUAGCCAUCCACCCCUACCCGUUGUCGGCGUUCCUGUAGCCUCUGUGAUCACUCUUCUCUGUCUGAGAGUGGCGAGGAGUGGCAGUCAUUGUUACACCUUUGCUGUGUUGCAGGACUGCGUCGUUGAACGCUCCGACCAAGUGGUGCGAAAUUGUCUCGAAGCCGUCACAACAAAGCUGAUGCCUUGUGCAGAUUCGAGUGAUCUUCUGCGUUCUUCACCUCCGCCGUGUCUUAUAGCGCCCCUUUGUCGUGUACCACGCGUCCUCUUCGAGGAAUUUGAUAGCUGGGAAGAGGGCUCCGUUGUGAGUAUUCCGGACGUUGAUGAGCACAUUUCCACCGAACUUCUCUCCACCGUUUUAAGGCGCCAUGAAGACAAUGGAGCGGAGUUUGAGGGUUGUUCGCUUCUCCAACUCUCUUUACCGGUUGUCUUAGAGGCCUCAGACGUCAUUUCUGUUGGUCGGUCUACAAUUGAUCGUGAUGACGAUGCUACGAAUGAGACGGAAGUGCAGGAUGUGGAGGAAGAACAAGAAGAAGAGGUCUACCAACCAAUCAGUAGCACCUCUGAGUCAAACUCUGAUACCUCCAACGACAACCCUGUUAGUUCAGCAUCGGCAACAACUCCAACCUUGACGGCGAUGGCUUCUUUCCCCUUGAUGGUGUCAGUGGAAGCGGAUAUUGCUACCACUACUGCAAGAGAGCGUCACAAUUCCAACAUGUCAACAACUCCCACUGCUGCUGCUGCGUCCGUUUCUGUUCCCAGCAUCACCAGGGCCAUAUCCUCCUCUUCUGUGUCUAGUUCGCGUCGACGUAAGGGCAGCAGUCCAAAAAAACGGGUGUUUGACGAUCCUGAGAGGAUUCUGGAUUUGUCGUCCAAGUCGAGCGCUGUGGACGAGUGA